AUUGCUUGCGUUCGAGUAUUCUGUCUUCGGACAGUGGAAAUAGGAAAAGCUAGAUAGAAGGAAGAAGAGAGAGAGAUGGCGAGCAACGACAUCAGCUCAUCUCCCAAACCCAACCCUAAAAAAGCUAAUUUGAUGGAUCCUCAUUCCAUCAAAAACCUUCUCGACAAAUCCGUCUCUGAGAUCGUCACCGGCCGAGGAUACAUCGAAGACAUGCGUCUGAGCAACAUCAGAUUGCUUAUGGGAACGGUCAUCAUCGCCAUUGCUCUUGUCGCGCAGUUAGGCCCUAAGAAGUUCCCGAAAAACAAAGAUUUCCUCAUCGGAUGCAUCGCAUUGUAUAUCGUCUUCAACGGAUUGUUGCAGUUGAUCAUCUAUAAAAAGGAGAAGAAUGCGAUCCUUUUCACUUAUCCUCUUCUAAUGUGGCAGGGGAUUCAUUCGCCUCUUUCCCCUGGAAGAUUUGGCAGGUCAUGGGAGCCAUUUAGCGAUUGAGGCGGAGGCUCAAUCUCUCUUUUACCCAUAUAUUUCGGGAAGGGAAUGCAGUAGCUGAUGCUUUGGCAAGAAACGCAAGUGAAGGGUGCCCAGACUGGAUCUUUAACUCCCGUUCUCUUCUUCCGAAGGAAGUUAAGGGCUUAUUAGUUUUGGACAACACCGGCUUAGGUACAUUCAGAAAUCCUUGAGGUUGUUUGUUCCCCUCUUCUGGUCCGUAGGGCAGCUGGCUCGGACAUCUUAGUUAGCUUCCCUUCCUUUUCCCGUUUUAGCUCUC